UCUCUCUCCCUCUCUCUCUGUCUCUCUCUCUCUGUCUCUCUCUCUCGCUCUGUCUCUCUGUCUCUCUGUCUCUCUCUCUCUCUGCCUCUCUCUCUACUGUCGCACUGACCGAAGCUGCAUCUGCUAUUUGUGUACAAUGGAUGACCACAGAGGCCACGAUACAGUCUCAGCUGCAGCAGAGAGAACCCAGAAACAGAUGGAGCUGAAGGAGAUGAUCCAGCAGAGGAUCCAGGAGAAACAGGAGAAGCUGCAGGAGCUGGAACAGGCUGUGAACACUCUUAAGCGCUCUGCUCAGACAGCAGUGGAGGACACUGAGAGGAUCUGGACUGAACUGAUCUGCUCCAUGGAGAAAAAGCGCUCAGAGCUAACAGAGCUCAUCAGAGCUCAGGAGAAGGCUCAACUGAGUGCAGCUGAAGAACUCCUGGAGAAACUGGAGCAGGAGAUCGCGGAUCUAAAGAGGAGAAACACUGAGCUGGAGCAGCUUUCACCCACAGAGGAUCACAUCCAUUUCCUCCAGAGUCUCCAGUCUCUGAGCGUCUCUUCUGGAUCUGAGGACUCCUCCAGCAUCUCUGUCCAUCACCAUAUCUCAUUUGAUGGAGUGAGGAGGUCUCUCUCUGAUCUGAAAGAGAGACUAGAGGAGUUCUGCAGAGAGGAGUUCAGUCAAAUCCCUCCACAGGCUGCAGCAGCUCCUUCAUUCCUCUCAGAGCCAAAGAGCAGAGAAGAUUUUCUACAGUAUUUCUGUCAGCUGACUCUGGAUCCUAACACAGCGCAUCGCCGCCUCAUCCUGUCUGAGAAGAACAGAGCUCUGAUUCUGAGCGAUGAAGACCAGGAUUACCCUGAUCAUCCAGAGAGAUUUGACUAUUUCGGUCAGGUGUUGAGCGCGGAGAGUCUGAGUGGACGCUGUUACUGGGAGGUUGAGUACAGCGGAGUUGCGGCCAUGGCGGUCUCAUAUAAAGACAUUCGCAGGAAAGGAGACUUUAGUGAUGUAUACAAUCACCCACAUGUCCGGCCGGACACUGAAGGACGACUGACU